AUGAAAAUGUCCUUGAUUUCUAAUAGAAAAAGACCAAGAGGCUUUAGUGAGUCAUUUGAUGGGAGUACUGGUGUGCAAUCGAAGAGCUCUAAUACUACCACUUCUACCAUUCCCUUGCAGUUCGACAAUUCAGGUUUUAAUUCAUCCUCUUCAGCUAAUUCUAGCUGCAAAUGCUCUUCACCUAUCCAAAAGUUGAAUAUGGAUUUGAGCAAUAAUUCAGAUAGUACAUUAAAUACUAGUACUAAUUCCUUUAAGAUUAAUACUUCGAAAAAGACCACAAAUUUUACGAAUCUUGACGAUAUAUAUCUUAUUGAUGAUGACGAAGAAUAUGAGAAUCCAAAUCUUUUGGAGGUUGAUGAAGAUGGCAAUGAGGAUGAAACUGUUAACGAAGACCAGUAUAAUGAUAUGGGACCUAAAAAUACGUUAGACAAUCUAGGUGAAGAUAGCGAUGACGUGAUCAUAGUGGAGGAACGACAAGUAAAUCCAAGGAUACGAGCCUCUAGUUCAAAGUCGAGAAGAAAUAACUCCGACUCUUUGUUGUUUGACCAUGAGGCAUUUGCCGCUUACAGUAUGUUUAAUGUUAAUAAUGAUUCCAACUGGCAAUCUUUUGGCGAUGAAGUGCCCGAGCAGUCCAAUAUUCGCUCAAUAGGAAAGAUUAAGAAACAGCGAACUAACUCAUUACCACAAUUACCUCAAGCAAAAUGUUUUUAUAAUAAAAUUCCAAACAACUACAUUUUACUGCAUCAAAAACUAGGGAAUGUUAAAACAAGUAUCAUACCUCACCAGUUAAAUCUACCACCUUGUGAUGACAAAGAAGGACACUAUAUAAUAAAGAUGAACGAUAUCUUUGCCAAUAGGUUUAUUAUUGUUAGACUUUUAGGUCAAGGAACGUUCGGAAAAGUUGUUGAAUGCUAUGACAAAGUCAAUCGUGAACACGUUGCUAUCAAGAUAAUUCGAAAUAUUCCUAAAUACAGGGAUGCAGCUAAGAUUGAAUUGAGAAUUUUAUCAACGUUGAAAAAUUUUGAUAACGAAAAUUUGAAUCACUGUAUUCACUUGAGGGAAUGUUUUGAUUAUCGUGGUCAUAUAUGUAUUGUGACAGAUUUAUUAAUGAUAUCUUUAUAUGAUUUCUUGGAAAAAAACAAGUUCAUUCCCUUUCCUGGAUCACAUAUACAAGCGAUUUCGAAACAGCUUAUACGAUCCGUGACUUUCUUUCACGAUUUGAACUUGAUUCAUACUGAUUUAAAGCCAGAGAACAUAUUAUUACAUGAUGAUUCUUUUUUUAAAAAGGCAUUACGCAGUUCCACUAUAACGAGUUCUUAUGCCCAUUUGUCAACUGAUUCAAAUAAGAAAAUGCCAAAGUUUUCUAGAAUUUUGAAAGAUCCGUUGAUUCAGAUAAUUGACUUUGGCAGUGCGAUAUUUAAUGAUGAGUAUCACUCCUCGAUUGUUUCUACAAGACACUAUAGAGCACCCGAAAUUGUUCUAGGAACAGGGUGGUCCUUUCCUUGCGAUAUAUGGUCAGUUGGAUGCAUACUUGUUGAAUUAGUUAUAGGUGAGCCUCUUUUUAAGACUCAUGAUAACUUGGAACACUUAGCAAUGAUUGAAAAAGUAUGUGGCAGUAAAAUAGAUAAGUCUAUCGUGAGAUUAUCGCGACAAAGGAAUAAUGAAUGUGGUCUCAAGUAUUUUAGAGGCGAAUUUCCAAGGGCAGAUGAAUUGCCUGAGUUUGAUGAAGAUGACGAUGUUAUAAUUGACGAUGAAACAACAGAAGAAAAUAACUUAACGUUAAUAUUUCCAAGUUCGACGACACCCACUAAAUUCAUAAAGAGUGUGGACCAACUAUCUAGAAUUGAUAUUUUUGUAAGUUCAAGAAUAGGUUUGGAUAUUAAUUUUGACUAUUCGUUAUCAACGAACUUCCAGAAGAAUCAGCAUUUGAUCAACUUUGGAAAUUUCACCUUUUGGUGGUUUUUUAUUGAUUUAUUAAAAAAAUUAUUCGUGAUUGAUCCUCAGGAUCGUUUGACGGCUUAUGAGGCUUUAGAGCAUCCAUGGUUUAACUUAGGUAUUGAAGACGAAGGUACUUUGUAA